AAUUUACGAAUUUAUGUACGCGAGAAAUAAAUUAAUUUAAUAAAGAGUAGUAAAUUAAUUAAUUUGCUUAGCUCGUCUAAUUAAUACGCCUUUAUUUUUUCGAUCGUUCGCGUUGUUUAAAUAAACACGUGGCCAAAUAUAUUUUAAAAUAGCUUGAAUAAGAAGAAAAUAGGUUAACAUUUGUUGAUUAUGAGCUUAUGGUUUUCAUCAUUAUUUCGUUAUUCUCGAUAUAUUACAGCAAAUAAAGUAUCAUUAUCCCUUACAUUCAUGGCAUCUCGAACUAAAACAGAUCGAGUUUUAGAAAACUUAAAAAGUAAUCCUUACUUUGAUAAGUAUGCGAAAAAAAUAGCAGAACUUCAAUUGAUAAAUCCAGAAUUAUUAGAAGAACGUAUCGAAAAACAAGAACAAAAGAUGCAAAAGAAAAAAGAAACACAAGAACAAGAUCGUAAUUUAUAUCAAGCUAAAGCCAAAGCAGAAGUGUUACAACCAUCACCUAUCAAAGAAGCACGUCUCAGUGAUAUUAUGAACAUAGAUAUGAUAAAGGGAAAAACUAAAGAAGAAAUUGGUGAAAUUUGGAUGGAGUAUCAUAAACAGAAAGAUUAUAUUUGUGCGAUAAUAGAAUCGGAGCAAUAUGAAAGGAUACUCGGUUAUGGCAGUAAAUAUCCUUUAUUUCUCUUACCAUUACCAAGGAAACAAGGCUACGAAUUUUUCUUAAGUCAAUUCCAAGGGAAUAAAGUUUACAUGACGUCUUUGUUAUGGUAUCAGACUCACAAGGAGAAUGCACCAGAGUGUUUAACCCUAACGCAUUAUACAGAAUUCAAGGAUAGCAGGGGUAUAGUAUUAAUGCGUGGUGAAUUCGAUUUAAAUUUCUUAAAUUGUCAUGAGGCGCAGUGUUUAACCAAUGAACUACAGUUGUAUUACAUUGGUAAAAAUUCACAGAGGUUGAAAUUAUUGGAAACGUUUAAUAAUAAUCCUAAUAAUUUCAAGUACAACGAUCUCAUCAAUCAGUUGGAAAAAAUAUCUUUAUAAACGUUUUUGUACAUAGUUGACGUUUCAUACAAGAAUAGUAAUGUUUCAUGUAUAUUUUUAUUAGAACAAGUAUAAAAGAUAUAUAAUUUAAAAAUA